AUCAAUUCAAACACUUAAUAAUUUUCUACUUUGAAGUUUUUGUGACGUUGGGUUCUUAAUCCUUAAGCUGCUAUUUCAAGGAGAAAGAUUUAGGUUCAUUUUUGUUCAGACUUUUUGCAGUUUGUAAUUGAAUAUGUAGUGAUGUUUUGCUUUGUUAGAUAAUUAUAUCAGUGACCAUUGAUAAACCUAUUCGAAUAUGUUCUUUUUAAUUUAUCAAACCUGUUCUAUGGCUUAAAAUAUAAUUCUUUUUGUUUUUGUAGGUGGUGGGAUAUAUUGGAUUUUUCAACCAUGAAUGAUCUCAUGACCAAGUCUUUCCUUAGUUAUGUAGAACUGAAGAAACAGGCCCUGAAAGACAUUGAAGAGGAGGCUGACCUGGAAAUGGGCCAAUUUGAUCCUACAUAUGAGCAAAACCUCUCCAAAUUCUUUGAAGAUGUGACAUUGAUCGAGAAUGAUAUGGAAGAGAUUACCAAUCUUCUACUUGAUCUUCAAGACUUGAAACAAGAGGCAAAGACCACUGAUAGUGCAAAAGUUGUCAGGGGCAUUAGAGACAGAAUAAACUCAGAUAUGGUUACUGUUCUUCAAAAAGCAAGGAACAUCAAAUCGAGAUUGGAAUCACUUGAUCACUCCAACAUAGAAAAUCGUAACGUCUCAAUGGAGUUCAAAGAAGGGAGUCAUGUUGAUCGAACAAGGGUGUCGGUGACCAAUGGCUUGAGAGUCAAAUUGAGAGAAAUGAUGAUUGAUUUUCAGUCUUUGAGGGAGCACAUUGUGGAAGAACACAAACAAGAAGGACAAAAAAAGAGCUAUUCCAAUGUGACAGGAGAAGAACCAAGUGAAGAAAUGAUAGAGAAAGUGUUUGAAGGGAAAUCAGAAAUGGUGUUGGAGAAUUCAGAAAGGCAAGAGGCACUGAAGGAAAUACAGAGGAGUUUGACAGAGCUGCACCAUCUUUUCCUUGACAUGGCUGUGCUGGUGGAGACACAAGGGGAUAACAUCAACGAUAUUGAAUACAAUGUGGAUCAAGCUGGUAUUCAGAUUAAUGGAGGAACUAAUGGGUUGUUUUAUGCAAAGCAAAUGAACAAGACAAGGACUUGGGCUUGUUGGAUAGCGGCUUUAGUGUUGGUUCUGUUGCUUGUCCUCUUCCACAUAAUGGCCACACACAUUCAUGACAAUGUAGUCAAAAUUUUUGUAACUUUUACUAAUAUAAUCAGUAAGAAUUCACUAAGCAAGUGGUUGUUGAAGCAAUUUCCGUUGUCAAUAUUCACUGCAAAUUUUAUCAUGGGCACAUGCACUCGGGACAAGCACGUGAAAUCUGAACUGAAUCAGAAGUCCGUAGACUUGAAAGACUCUGAUGGUGCAACUGAUCAAUCAGAGAAGGUUUAUGUUAUAAAGCAAAAAAGGGAUUGGGUGUAUAUAUUACAUAUGCUUGAUUCAGUUGACGGUUCUCUUCUUGGAUCAGUUCGUCAUCAGUUUCAUUGUUUUCAGGGGAAAGCGUCGGGAGCAGAGUCUGCCGGAAUCUUGGAUCAUUUUGAGGCUUUCGAUUAA